CCACCCCCUCCCACCCUCCGUCCCCGCCUCGCCUUCUCCUCCUCCGCCCCAUUUCCCCAAAGCCUCGAGCCGCGCCUCGACUCGCUCGAUCCCAUCUCCCGCUCACGCCCGGCCUCCGAGGAGAUCAGGCCACCGUGCGGUGCAGAGCUCGCCGUCCUCGCGCGCGCGGGAUCAUCUAGCUACCUUUUCUCGGCUCGUAGGCGUCAUGGCGCAGCGGGACAAGAAGGUGGAGGAGCCGACGGAGGUGCACCUGCACGCCGCGGAGAUCACGCUCUGCGCCAACAGCUGCGGCUUCCCGGGCAACCCGGCCACCAAGAACCUCUGCCAGAACUGCUUCCUGGCGUCCUCCUCCUCGCCGUCGCCCUCCGCCGCCUCGCCGCCGUCCCCUUCCUCUUCGCCCGCGGCGUUCCCGCUCUUCGACAAGCUGAGGCCGGCCGCCGUCGCGUCGCCCCUGCUGCAGGCGGCGCCCGUCUACAUGGCCGUCGACCGGCCGGCCGCCGGGCCGGCGGACCCGAAGGCGUCCAAGUCGUCCGUCAACCGCUGCCACAACUGCCGGAAGCGCGUGGGCCUGACGGGGUUCCGCUGCCGGUGCGGCGAGAUGUUCUGCGGCGCGCACCGGUACUCGGACCGGCACGACUGCAGCUACGACUACAAGUCGGCGGCCAGGGACGCCAUCGCCAGGGAGAACCCCGUCGUGCGCGCCGCCAAGAUCGUUCGGUUCUGACCAACAAGACACCACGCGCGCCUACCCGGACCGGCGAAAUCUGAAGCAAAAACCCACCCUUUUUCUUUCUUUCCUUUGAAAAAUUAAAGGCGUUCGCGAGAGUUUCUUAAAGGUGAAAAAAAAGGAGAGGAGGGUGAAAGAUGGCGAUGGGGCAGCCACGACGAAGAAACAGUGCGAUGAUAACGUUGUUGUUGUAGGCUUGUAGCGGUGGUUGGCAGUGGAGAGGAGGAGAUGAGGAGGAUGGGGUUGGUGUGUACUGUUGUCCCACAAUCUCUAUUUAAUUCAAAUUUCCCUAUUGUAUAAAUUAUUAUUAUUAUUAUUUCUAUGAUGCAGUAUUCGUUA